CUUUUCCUUUCCACUCCAUCCAAACAAAGAUCAGAUCUCUUUCUCUAUCUCUCUUAAUCAGCUUGUUGAAAGAGCAGUAUCUCUUCAUUUCUUUCGCUACACUUUCCCUUUUGUCAACUCGUUAAAUAGUCUCCCCCAAUCAUCCAUCCCACUUCGAUAACUUAAACCCUCUCCCAUCCCAUCACCCCAAAAACCCAAACUUUAACCAGAAAAAAAGAACCCACUUUUCCCCCUUUUUUAUUUUUUUAUUUUUUCCUGUUCUUUUAAAGAACCCAAGAUUUUGGAUCCAAGUACGAAACCCAAACUCUCAUCCUGUUUUUAAUGAAAAAGGGUCUUUCAGAAUGGAUCCCCCAUUGAUCAAUGAGUCAUCUUUUUCAGCAGCCAAUCCUUCAGCUUACAGCCUCGCUGAGAUUUGGCCUUUCCCGAUCAACCCAGGCUCUGACCCAACUGCUGUAACUGGAGGUGGAUUGGGGCUCAGGAUAGGUAAUUUGGGUGGGUUUGGGGAAACUUCGGGUCUUAGAGAUGGGUCCAUGGAGGAAUCUACUGUGACUGAACAGAGUGUUGGAUGUGGAGGUGGGAGAAAAAGGAAGGAAUUGAGCUCUGAAGAUGAGUCUUCCAAGAUUGUUUCUACUACUACUAGUGCCAAUGAAUUGAAUGAUUCCGAUGGGAAACGGAUGAAAACUCCGGUCUCAAAGAAUGGAAACACGGGUUCUAAAGAAGCCGAGGUGGAAGCGAGUUCUGCAGAUGGUAGCAAGCCAGAUAAGAAUAGCAAACCUGCCGAACCACCUAAGCAAGACUAUAUUCAUGUUAGAGCUAGAAGGGGUCAAGCUACUGAUAGCCAUAGUCUCGCCGAGAGAGCCAGGAGAGAGCGGAUUAGUGAGAGGAUGAAGAUUCUUCAAGAUUUGGUCCCUGGAUGCAACAAGGUCAUAGGGAAGGCACUUGUCCUUGAUGAGAUUAUUAAUUACAUCCAGUCACUGCAGCAGCAGGUUGAGUUCUUGUCAAUGAAGCUCGAAGCAGUUAAUUCAAGGAUAAACGUGAAUCCUAGCUUCGAAGGGUUUCACUCAAAGGAUCUUGGUUUGCAGCCAAUUGAUGGUGCUGGAAUGAUAUUCGGCUCACAAACAGCAAGGGAAUAUGCUCAAGGGUUGCACCCCGAAUGGCUGCAGAUGCAUGUGGGUGGAAAUUUCGAAAGGGCGACGUAAUUCGUAGAAAAUCCUUGUUGGCUUACAAAGCAACAAAGAACAGUCUGUUUGUUAUCUGAUUUAGAUCAAAUUACAUGUGUUGCAAGAAAUGUGUUUGAUAAAUGUGGACUAGUGUUGUUAAAUUUGUAAUAUCAUAUACAUCUUGUAGAAAAUGCACAUCUAAUCUCUUGUUAUAUGUUUUCAUCCGACUAAUUCAGGAACUCCAUUGUAUCAGUUUUAACUAAACGAAAAAUUUCUUCUGAA